AUGGAUGUGGAGCUUAUUGUAAGCAUGGGCUUUUUUAUUCACGAUUUACAUCAGCAUCUCGUCGAACUUCAUUCGACACAAUUCGCUGGACAUGAUCAUACUACUUCGUUUUCCGUGUAUCGUGGUCAAGGUUUGUCUCAAAAAGACUUUAAUCAAAUGUUGAAAACAAAAGGUGGUCUACUAUCGUUUAACAAUUUCUUAUCCACCAGCACUAAUCGUCAAGUAUCUCUUAGCUUUGCUCAACAAACUAUGGAAACAUCUGAUAUGGUGGGUAUCCUAUUCGUCAUGAACAUCGAUCCUUCUGUUCCUUCAACACCAUUCGCCAAUGUUCGCGAUGUUAGCUAUUUCGAAGGAGAAGAAGAAAUUCUCUUCUCGAUGCACUCGGUCUUUCGUAUCAGGCAACUUGAACAAAUGGAUGAGAACAAUCGCCUCUGGCAAGUGGAUUUAACAUUAACGAGUGAUAACGAUCCGCAACUUCGAAGUUUAACUGAACGUAUACGUGAAGAGAUAUUUCCUCAUCUAACAGGAUGGUACCGCUUGGGUAAUUUAUUGAUUAAAACUGGACAGUUUAACAAGGCACAACAGAUAUUCGAAAUCAUGCUUGAUCAGACAACUAAUGAGCGUGAUAAAGCAAACAUUUAUCAUAUGUUAGGAUUGGUCAAGGAUAAUCAAGAAGAAAAUGCAGAAGCACUUACAUUUUAUGAAAAAUCAAACGAAAUCCUUCAGAAGAUUCUCCCUUCCACUCAUUCUGAUGUGGCUACUUCUUACAACAAUAUUGGUUCCAUGUAUUGGAAAAUGAAUGAAAAUUCCAAAGCACUUUCAUCUUAUGAGAAAGCACUUGAAAUCCGUCAAAAAACGCUUCCUGAAAAUGAUCCUCUUUUAGCUACUUCUUACAACAACAUUGGAGGAGUGUAUGACAAUAUGGGCGAGUACUUGAAAGCACUUUUCUAUUACGAAAAAGCAUUGGAAAUCAAACAAAAAGUUCUUCCAGCAGGUCAUCCAAGUUUAGCCACAUUGUACAGCAACAUUGGCUGGGCUUAUAAAUAUAUAAAUGAUUAUUCGAAAGCACUUUCGUUUUUCGAACGUGCUUUAGACAUUCGAAAACGUUCACUACCUCCUAAUCAUCCUGAUCUCGAAAGUGUUCGAAAGAGUAUUGAAAUUGUAAAAAAGAAAUUAUAA